CACCAAACUCCCUCGAGCUCAAACUUGAAUAUGCUGUUACUGUGUUGCUUGUGGGUUCUUCUCACGAGCUCUCGAAUCGUCCCCUCGUGCGCCUGGGUACUGAACAGCGUGCUGAUGUCCAGUCCAAAGGCUCACCUGACGUAUGCCAGUAGCGUGCAGGCAGGUGCGCGGAAUGGAAUUGAAGAAUGUAAGCAGCAGUUCGCGUGGGACCGUUGGAACUGUCCCGAGAGCGCGCUACAUCUUACCACCCCUGGACGGCUGCGUGCUGGUACGAUGUCAUUCUGUAGAAGAACAAAUAUAACCCGCUUAAAAUCUUUAAUUUGA